AUGGCAGCUCUUCGUGAUAUUUUGGUUGUGUUUCUGUUCGCCUUGGGAGGUUUUUCGACCUUGUCGGCUCUCUGCCCUCCGGGCUGGAAGAACUGGCAUCAGUCAUGCUACGCGAUGUUCUUCGAUCGUAUGAGCUGGGCAGAUGCCUCAAAGUUCUGCGACAUUAAACAAAGCCACCUUGUCGUGCCGAAUUCACAGGCUGAGAACGAUUUCUUUUGGCGGAUGAUGACAGAACGAUUUGAGACUGUAAAACGGCGCAGGGUCUGGAUCGGCUGCAAACGCGAGUCUGCUAAUUCGAGCUUUGAAUGCGCUGGGAAUACUGAGAGAAUGAGCUUCACCAACUGGGCACCGGGUUAUCCCGAACAAGGAGAUCCUCAGUGCGUUGUGUUGUCGAAGGGCCUCGGAACAUGGAAAACUAACAAUUGCGCACGGUCGCCCUUCUACAAUUAUGUCGUCUGCGAGAUGCCGAAUACUCCUCGCGUGCACUGCUUGAGGGCCGAUUCAAACGGGCGCUUCGUCACCGACAUACCGUGA